UUCAAAGUAAAACACAGUCUAUAUUUUUUGUACGAUUUGUAAUUUUAUCUAAUGCACUAGCUAAAAAAUUACAUAUUUAAUUUGCGUACAUUUUGUUAAAACGUUUACCAACACUAACAGCUGUUUGUUAUAGGUGUGUCAAUCAACACUUAAAAAUUAUACGUAUUUCAUUUUUGCACCAUACGUAAACAAAGAAUACGCCACAACAAAAGUUCCACUAAAUCCAAUACCAAAGCAAGCGCACCGCUGACAGUCGAAAAGCAAUCCAAGUCAAAGAAGAAAAAGAAAAAGAAGAAGAAGAGGAAAAAGGGACGUCAAAUCAGAGUUAAAAAAAUGUCGGCGCACAGUGGAGGUACGGAUUGGAAUUCGGUUGUAAAACCACUUUUAUCAAACCGUACAGGCGCUUUAAACAAAAAUGAAAUAUCAAAUUUAAUAAAAGCGAUUACCAGAUGUGAACAUGAUUUUUUCGACGAUGAAAGUAAUUACACACAGUUUUACACCGCAUUUGCGGCUCUGGCGGCCGAUAAGCUUACGCAAAUCAAGUCAAUAUGCCAGACGCAAAUUUCACAACUGCACGAUGCCAGCGCAGUCCUCAUACGUUUCAUACUCUUUAGAUUGCCCAAGGUGUCUGUUUAUGAAAUCAAAUGGCUGCUUGUCGCACUGAAAAUGCUGUGCGAAGGUCGGGAGAAUGCCGCCUCGGGAUCAGGAUCCACACAGUUUGACUACAAUGGCGUAGCUGCUGUUCUAAAGAGUGCAAAACAUCCAGAAUCGAAUAGUAAAAGUUGCCUCAGUAGCAGCAGCGGUAACAGUAGCGGGGGAGGGAGCGGUGCUGGCACGGAAAAAGAUUCACCCAAGUCGGAGAUCAAGCGAUCACGCUCCGAUCUGUCCACGGUGAUAUUGCAGCAGUUGCUGGCACCAUUGGAGCCCGGCAAAAUGACCUGGGUGCCAUUAAGCGAGGAAAUUAGUGAUUGUACAGAGCAACUGCUGUCAGCCAAUGUCGAGUACUUUCAAGAACAAAACGGCGUGGACACGCUGCUCGAUGUGGGCGUGCUUUUGCCUAUACUAAAUCGUUAUCGCUCCAAAUACGAGGAAACAAUUGUAGGCGGCAAGACGCUGUAUCUGCCGCUUACCCAAGUGGAGGCCAGCACCGUCAAAUCGGCUAUGACGCACAUGCUCACCGAUCUCUCUAUACUUGGACAAGCGCAUUCGCUUAUUGCACUGCAGCCUUUAACACCAAGUCGCAUUGAGAAGUUGUCAAAGUGUGGCAUUGCAGCAUUAUACAAUGCUGUGCUGACAUCUAUUGCAGCCAGUGUGUUGAGCAUGGGCCAGGCGAGCAGCGGAUCACAGAAACAACAGCCGGCAGCUGCAUCCACAAGCCAGGGAAGUGGCGCCGGCAGCAGCAGUGUUCAGGCGAGCAGCAAAGAUCACGAUGACUUUGAGGAACAGGCUUGUACCAUUGUUAACAAGGCACUGGAGAUUUACACGAGCAUUGGGGAUAUGUUCAAGGCAUCAGCACGCAUGCAUGUCUAUCAGAAUCAUUUGUGCUAUGGCUCCUGGCUGCUCAUAAGCGGCAUACAGGGUGCCAUGGGCGCCUCUGGAAGCAGUACAGCAGUUGGCAAAUCAACAGCAACAACAAGUGAAGCAACGGCCACGCCCAGUACGCCCAUAGCACGGGUUAAUCUCUUUAAGGUCCAACAAGGAUUUGGCGAGUUAAAUGCAGCCAUUGCCAAUCAUAGUAUUAAAUUGCUCUCGGAACUUAUUGAUGAUUUAAAAAUUGAAUCAGCAUGUGGUUCCUCAACAGGCAGUGGCAGCUGCUUGGAUGUGGAACCCGCACAAUUUGACAUUCUCCAGAAUUAUAGUGCGCUACAACGUAUAGUGCGUGUGCUGAAUACAGCAACACUGCAUCAACUAUUCACCUUCUUGGCAACCGUUGCCUACAGGAAGGCAUGCACACUGAAGCGAGCCAAUACCAAAGAUCGCACCGAGUGCGAGCCUAUUAGUUACUCGGACUCCACAACCUACUUUAAUGAUUCACUCUCUUGUUCGGACAACUCAGAGGAGGAUGACAGUGAGAGCUAUUUGGGACAUUGGUUUAAGGAAACUCUUUCGCCCGAAACACAAGAUGAUAAUGCAAAUACCUGCACGCAGGAGCGUAAUGGAGAUCAGAAAUCUGCACUGGUGCCCAAACUGGAUGAACCACAUGAAUAUCUUGAUCUGGCAGCAGAUAUUUUCUGUUUUCUCGAUCAAUUUCUGGCCAAUCGGCAUGCGUAUAUGCAGCGCUAUGUAAAGGCGGGCGUCAGUGAUCAACAGAUGCUGCUCAUGGCCAACAUUAUUAAAGACUUUGAUCGCGAUGUCAUGCGCCAAGAGGGAGGCAGCGGCGGCGGUGGUGCAGGCGGAGAGGCAAGCUGCUCAAAUUGGCAAACAGCCAUGAUACGUUUCUCUGGUGCUGCCGGACGUUAUAUACACAAUUUGAUAUCGACAUCGCUGCUUUCGGAGCAACUGCAAUCGAAUCUCUUGCAGCAUUUGUCGAUCUCACCUUGGUCCACCGAUACUAACAGUUGGCCACUUCAGGUUUAUCCGAGCACGCUUUCGGUGCUCGUGCAGAUUCUACUCCUCAAGCCGACACAGGAAAAGGAGGCUGCUUGUUUGUCUGUCUGGCAUAGACUCAUCAACACGCUCGUCGAGGGUGUCUGUUCGGCGAGCAAUGCCAGCGAUUCAGACUAUGAGGAUCUUAAUAUUGAGCAUGCUCAGCUGCUGCUUUUCCUCUUCCAUUCGUUGAAUCUAAUGCAAAAGAAGUCGAUAUUACUUUUAACUGCCGGCGGAGUUAUUCGCUGUGCCGAUGUCUGUCGCGGCAUCAGCUCGGAUCGCACGGUGCGCAACAGUCAAAUGAUGUUGCUCUCUCGCUUGCUGCUCUUCUUGGAGUAUCUAAUGAAGCAUCUGUACAAUGCGCCACCAGAAUUGCUCGAUCAAGUGCGCUGGAAUCUGUUUAGUGUUAGCAGCAUGCCCGAUACGCAAAAGAUUACGGAUCUACUUAACAGUCGCACCAAACUGACAUCCUAUUGUCGACAGGACAUUGAAGAGAAGUUCCGCAAGUCGCCAGCCGGGGAUUAUAAUUCAAGCAUUCGACCCACCUUUUAUUCGCUUGUCACCACGGACCCAACAAAACCUUACUGGUCCCAGGAGUUCAAAUUGGACGGUUUGGCCUGGAAUUUUAUUCUAUGCACGCCCGAUAAGCUUAAGUAUCCGUUGUUAGUGGAUGCACUGAUUGACAUACUGGCUAUUACUGAUAUGUCUGCACAUGCGAGGGAUAAGGACAGCCUGCACAAUCUUUGUGCAAUGCAAUAUUGCUUUAGUGUAGCUUGGAAAUUACUUUUGGGGCUGCCUCCAUCCACAUCGCACGUGGAGUCACUGAAAAGCGAACGUGCGCCCAAUUUGCAUUCGCUUAUUUGGAGUAUACGUUGUCCUUUGGAAAACUCACAUUACCUGGUGGUCAACAGUCUCAUCAAGCAGGGCAUGUACACACAGUACGCGGAAUCGUUGUGGGGUCAGGUCGGAGAUCGUGCUGCGGACAUACGUUACAGUCUGAAGCAGACAUCUUUGGGAGUGGAGUCUUUCAACAAGCAACUUAACAAAGCUUCUUCAAAUCCACGCUUGUCUGAUCUUAUCCUGUUUGAUGCUCUGAUUGCCCACAUGCAGGCUGUGGCCUGGGCUGAUAAGGAAGGCUUUAAGCUGCAGCGUAAGGAGAGCGACAGCGAUAGCCUUACAUCCGAGAGUCGUGAACGUGAGAGUUCAAGUGCCGCCAAUGAUGCGGAGGUAUAUUCCUCUAGUGAAUCAAUUGAUGAUCAGCAAUCAAAAUUAACAGAGGAUAGCAUUCUCACGCCUGGUGAGCUCUUGGAGCGCACACAACUAAGCAACGAACUGCUGCUCAAACUGAUGGACUCUUAUACUCUACUUUCCAACAUUGUGCGUGGACAGAUGUUGAAGCAAUUGUCGAGCACAACGCCGGAACAGGCUUUAAAUCUGAUUGUUCCCGUUGUGAGUGACAAGCCGGCUAUAAUGUUGGAGUUGCAUGCCGCUUUCCUCAAGCUGUUGCCCAACGAGGAUAAGCAGUUGAUAGCCAACGAGUGGCCCAAGUGUCUGCUGGUCAACGAUGAUGCCUUCAAUGGCAAACAGCAUCCCGUAGAGCCGUAUACACUAAAUGUUAUCGAUGCCCACAUCACCGAGUUGACCAAGUCCACGACAUAUACAACGUUGCACACGUUGAAGCAUUGCUUGAAGUCCAUAUUGCAUCUGUUGGAGCUGCUGUUGCCAUUCUGCACAGCUAUUGGCGUAGAGGCGCAAUUGAAGCCACUGCUGAUUGCCUCCAUGAUGGAUAUGCGUACAGAUUAUCUGCAGAGUCAGAGCGAGCAGUGUCUGAGGGAGAUUCUACAUGGACUCACCAAUGAGGCGCAUAAGCAGCUGCUCUUUGAGCACAUGAUUGGACACUGUUAUCACAUGUUGAUUGACUUUGCCGCAGAAUUGAAACAGCCUUCAACUGUCGCUACCGGAGAUCAGGAGCAGCGUGCCCUAUUUAACGAAUCCAUGCUCUUUGCAGUGCUCAAGACCAUGAUUAAGAUGCUCGACGUGCCCACAGCUGUGCAGGCCAUGCGUCAGUUCUUCAAGGAGCAACGUGCCGGAAGUUUAACGACCUUGUUGUUGUCCUUCACUGGAACCACGUUGCCUUUGAGCUAUGCUCGUAAAAUGCUUCAGUUUGUAGAGCGUUUAUUUGAGCAAUCGACACAGCCGGAUGCGCAUUUUCAUCAUGAGGAGCUUGUGGAAUGCUUUGCUGAACUGGGCAGCGUGGAUGUGGCACGUCUGAAGCUCUGGCUGGCUCACAUCAUCUAUGGUCCUAAUGUGGUAAGUGCUGCGGCCAACAAUAGCAGCUGUGAGGCGUCCUGCAAGCUGUUGACCAGCGUCAUGCAACCCUCGAGCAGCUCGAGCAGCAAUGCCCAGACGCCAACCAAUAUGGCCACCGUUUCGGCCAUGCCCAGCAUCUCGGAUCAGUUGGAUGCAAUGGACAUUGACUAUGAUUGUGGUGGAGCGGGAAAUGCGGCACCAAAUACAGCACAAAUCUUGAGUCUCUGGCAGGCGGCAAAUCAGCCCAACAAUCAAUCGGAGGAUUCCUCGCAAGCGUGUGAUCAACAGAAUGGGAACACCCAUCGCAAUGGCGCCUUAUUGUUGAGUUUUAUCAAAUCGCUGGUACGGGAUCAACCAGCAGCUGCACAACUGGCUCCCCCACUCUUCCAGGCGCUGUUGCAGCUGGGACAAACGUUGAUAACGCCACCACAAGAUGGCUGUGACUUCGCCGAUGUACUGCAGAUAAUGAUUACGCUGGCGGAUGCGGCGCCAGCACGUGGUCAUGUGGCGUUGUUCAAUACGACGUUGCUUUGGCUGGAGCUGGCGAAGUUGCAGUUGCCGGAUAAGCAGCUGAAGCAUGCGGAGAAUGUGAGUGCUUUGUUGAGAUAUCUCAGUGAACUGUUGCAGGGAAUAGGUUACCGGGGAAGUCGUCAGCAUAUGCCACCUUGGGAUGAUGAACUGCAGCUGGACAUUGAUGAGCUAUUCGAUGAGCUAGCAGAUGAGCAGCAGGAACAAGAUUCCCUGCUGGAUGACUCUGAUGAGGAUACGCUUAAUAAUAAACUUUGCACAUUCUCGCAAACCCAAAAGGAGUUUAUGAACCAACAUUGGUAUCAUUGUCACACCUGUAAUAUGAUUAACACCGUCGGAGUUUGCUCAGUUUGUGCUCGCGUUUGUCACAAGGGACACGAUGUGAGUUAUGCCAAGUAUGGCAACUUCUUUUGCGAUUGUGGCGCCAAGGAAGAUGGCUCCUGUCAGGCGCUGAGUCGUCGUUUGCCCACUAGCGGCUGUGAUGCCCGGGAUGGUUAUGUUUCUGCUCACAUGAGUCUCCUGGCGGCUGGCAAGAAACGUCAAUCGCCUCCCACACAGAUACGCAAGGAUUCGUUGAGCAAUGAACGCAUUGCGCUGCUUGGCAAACUGUUGGAACCGCAUCGUGAUGCACUGCAGCAUCCAGAUCAAUGGCUGCUCGUCGUGCGCUGCAUACUCGAGUAUUUCGAUGUGCUCCUGCCUUCGAUUCGGGAGAAUUGCACUCUCUACUCUAUUGUGGGUUGUCACAAACGUGCAACGGCGGCGCUGGAGCGACUGCAUCAACUGGAUCAGAGUUUCCAGCUGACGGAUCAACUGAUGUUUGCUACCUUGGGUUCCCAGGAGGGUGCCUUUGAAAAUGUGCGCAUGAAUUACUCGGGAGAUCAGGGACAAACAAUCAAACAUCUCAUUUCUACGGGUGUUGUGCGUCGCGUCGCCUUCUGUUGUCUAUCAUCGCCACAUGGACGACGCCAACAGUUGGCAGUGUCCCAUGAGAAGGGCAAGGUGACGAUCCUGCAGCUCUCGGCGCUGCUAAAACAGGCAGAUGCCUCCAAACGUAAGUUGACACUCACUCAACUCAGUUCGGCACCAAUUGCCUGCACGGUACUCUCCCUGGCCGCGAAUCCCUGCAACGAGGAUUGCCUCGCCGUCUGCGGGCUGAAGGAAUGCCAUGUGCUGACCUUCUCCAGCAGCGGCAGCACCAAUGAGCACAUUGUGGUGACUCCACAACUGGACAAUGGCAAUUACAUCAAGAAGGCCGUGUGGCUGCCAGGAUCGCAGACAUUGCUCGCCUUGGUCACCUCGGACUAUGUAAAGAUCUACGAUCUGGCUGUGGAUGCAUAUAGUCCAAAAUAUUAUUAUCUUGUGGCUGUGGGUAAAAUACGUGACUGCACUUUCAUGUACCAGGAGGGAUCCUAUUAUAUGCUCACUUUUGCCAGCAGUGGUUACAUUUACUAUCAGACGCUGGACGAGCAGAGCUUGGCCGUUCAUGGAGAUUUCUAUGUGACAAAUACGCUAGAAUUGAGUCAUCAUCAUAUCAAGGAUGUCAAUGGUCAAGUGGGAUGUGGUGGUGUCUCCAUUUACUACUCCCAUGCAUUGCAAUUGCUCUUCUAUAGUUACGCCUCUGGACGCAGCUUUGUGUCACCGCUGACGAAUGUCAAUCAGGGAGUGAAGGGCAUCUAUCAUCUGGACACCAAUUCGGCGAGUAAAUCCUCAUCGAAGGGUCCACUUCAGCCGCUGGUGCAAUGGACCGAAGUUGCCGGACAUCCUGGUCUCAUUUAUGCCAACAUGCAGACUUCGAAUAAUCCAAUUAUAUUGAUGCUCACACCAGAGCUGAUUUACAUGCAGGAGAUCAAAGCACAAUCCGCCAAGUCACGGAUUAUGGAUGUUGUGGGAAUACGUCAUUCCGUUGCGGGCACUGAAAAGACUACGUUGUUGUUGCUCUGCGAGGAUGGCAGUCUGCGCAUCUUCUCCGCUCAGCCGGAGCACACGAGCUUCUGGUUGUCACCACGUGUCCAACCGCUGGGCAAUCAACUCUACUCCGCCACCUUGUUGGCCAAAACUGGCAGCACUUUAACGGCCACAAGUCCCAAGUCGAGUAAGCCCAACAAGGUACCACGCAAAUCGGCGGGACAACAGAAACAAUUGACAUCGGGUGGUGUGCCCGUGUUUCCCAUUGAUUUCUUUGAGCAUUGCAAUAUGUUGGCGGAUGUGGAGUUUGGUGGCAACGAUCUCUUGCAGAUCUAUAACAAGCAGAAGCUCAAGACGCGUCUAUUUUCCACGGGCAUGUUUGUGGCAAGCACAAGGGCUAACGGAUUUACCCUCGAGGUGCUCAACAAUGAUCCCAAUGUGGUAAUGGUCGGCAUACGUGUGCUUCUGGGCACCCAGGACACCCAACGUGCUCCACAAUCAGUGAGCAUCUUAGGACGCACAAUCCCUACGCCAGUGCGACGGGCACGAUGGUUUGACAUCCCGCUCACCCGUGAGGAGAUGCUCCAGUCGGAUAAAUUGCUGAAAGUUUGCUUUGCCAAGUCACACGAUCCGGAACAUGUGACGCUACUCGAUUGUAUUGAGGUGUAUGGCAAGUCCAAGGAACUAGUGGGCUGGCCCGAUGACAGCGAGGAGUUGCCGCCCACAGCGGGUGGCACGGUUGCAAACGGUGCAACAACUGCGAUUGCUACGCCGGCAAGUGCUGCUAAUUUUGGUGAGGGAUUCAAUUGUAUCACACAACUGGAUCGCAUGUGCACGCAUCUUCUCGAGGUGCUCGACUGUGCACUGCAUCUGCUGGGCAAUGGAGGCGCCGUCGCGGCUGCAAUGCGUCAAAAGGCUGUAAAAACAGCCAGUCAACUCCUAUUGCUUCCCACACCGAAUCCUGUACAGACUCAGGCACGCUACGUGCUAGCGACGCUCUAUGGUAGUCGCAACUCUUAUCAUGGCUAUAAGGAUGGCGUGCUCUUGCAAUUUGUGCACGGAGAAUUGCAGGCAAUGCAACCGAAGCUCACCCAGUUGGAUACACUGCAGGACAUUGAUCCGGAAUCCUUCUAUCGUCUUAUUCUCCUUGUGCGCGGCAUUGCCAAUGCGCGUCCUCAAUCGCUGUCCAAGAUUUGCGCCGAAUGCAAUUAUGAUAUUGUGCCUGCAUUGAUGUCUAUCGUUCUGGAGCUGCACAAGGUGACGCCUGCCUUGGAUGAGCCCACAAAUAUUGUAAGACGUGGUCUCUGCCAGGCAGAGACAAUUGUCCAUUGCCUCGUGGAGAUUAUGUAUGGAUUUGCUUUGGCCGAUGCCAGUCAAGUGGGACGAAUGACCAAGUACUUUAUUGAGCUGCUCAAGCACGAUGCGAGCGUAAUUAGCCACAGUGCCAAGGAGGCGCUCAUCCUUCUGCUUAGUCCACGCCUGAAGCGUCGCAAGGUGGCCAUUGUGACCACGCCUCCCGCCUGCUCCACGCCCACACCCUCGACUUUGGCCAUCAGUAGCAGCAAUUUGAGCGCUUUACAAGGAGCUGCCUCUCAAGCGGCCAAUGACAUUAUUGAGGAGGCUGCAGCAGCGGCUGUGGAUGCCGCCGCCAAUGCUGGAGCGGAUCCCAAUGCUCUGAUGGAGGCGGAGGCUUUGAACGUUGGCCAACAACAGCGACAUAUGCUCAAUCUGGAGGCUUUUAUGGGCGGCGGUUUUCCACGUUUGCUGGGAUUGCCCGAAGAUGCCGAUGAUGAGGCAAUCAUGGACAUUGCAAUAGCACUUAGUUUGCAACAACAUAGCGGAGAUGCCAAUACAUUGCAAUCUCUACAGCAAGGAUUGGCCAAUUUACAGGGUAUACGCCUAGCAGCGGCAGCAGCAGCCACAGCUGCGGUAAGUGGCGAUACAGCCGGCUCAGAUGAUGAUGAGGGUUCCAACGUGGCCACCGAUGGUUCCACGUUGCGCACCUCGCCAGCUGAACCGGCGGGAAGUGGUGGCUCCGAAAGUGGAGGCAGCGGUGUCGAAAGCAUUGGUGGUACCUCGGCUCGCAGCAGCAAUUUUGGAGAUCAUGCAAAUGCUUCGCCGCCACGCCAGAGCAAGGAUCAGGAACAGGAUCAAGAGCAGCCAGGUACAAGUGGCAGCUGUGUGGCAGCUCUCAGUGCGAUGAGCAGCAGCGAGGAUAACGAAAUCAACGAGGAUGAGAAGCUCAGCAAAUUGCACGAUUUAAGAAUCGCCGUGCUAGAGAGCAUUAUCGAGCACUUGGGCACGUUUGAUCUGUGCAAUGGACUGCAGGCCAUACCCUUAAUCCAGGUGAUCCUGAUGCUGACAACAGAUCUGAACGGAAACAAUGAGCGGGAUCAGCAGGUGUUGCAGGAGCUGCUUGCUGCUCUGGUGGAGUACGUGGAGAUUGGCAAACGUGGAGCAGCCACUAAGAUGGAAACCAAGUGUCCUGGCAAUGAGGUGCGUCUGGCAUUGCUCUCACUCUUUGGCGUGAUGAUGGGCAAGACCAAAUCCAAGCAGACUGGAACCACAUCGCCACCGCAUCAAUUCAAGGACAACAGCUCGUUUGUUGCGAGCACCACAGCAAAUGUGCUAAGCAAAAGCGGCGCCUUUGUUUACGCUCUGGAAGCGCUCAACACUCUGCUCGUGCACUGGAAGCAAGUGCUUGGCGAUCCCUAUGCAGCAGGAGGCACUGGAGUUGCACAGCCGGCUAAUGGAAAUACCGCCGGCGCUGGAACUUCUGUCCAGUUAUUGAAACCCAUUAAACAUGGACCCAAACCAGACAUAUCAAUUCUUAUACCACACAAUUAUCUAAAGAACUAUCCGGAUAUAUUUGAAUCCUAUGAUGGUCUGCUUACGGAGAUUAUUGUCCGACUGCCCUAUCAGAUAUUACGGCUAAGCAGUGCCCAUCCGGAUAACUAUGAUAGUGGCUUCUGUGAGGCAAUGACUUUCACACUCUGCGAAUAUAUGAUGUUGAAUCUGAAUGCUUUGCUGCGUCGCCAGGUGCGCAAGCUGCUCAUGUAUAUCUGUGGCAGCAAGGAGAAGUUCCGCAUGUAUCGCGAUGGGCAUUCCCUGGAUGCACAUUUCCGUGUCGUAAAGCGCGUCUGCAGCAUUGUCAGCAGCAAGAACGGUGCUCCCUACAAUGCCAAUCCGCCGCUGUUGAGCUAUGAUGCAUUGGUGGAGCUAACGGAACAUUUGCGCACCUGCCAGGAGAUUAGUCAGAUGCGCACUGGGAACUGGCAAAAGUUCUGUGUGGUGCACGAGGAUGCCUUAGCCAUGUUAAUGGAGAUUGCCUGCUAUCAGCUGGAUGAUGGUGUCUCUCCCAUCAUUAUACAACUAUUGCAGGCAGCUGUUUGCAACAUGCCACUACCCUUGCCUGGUGUCAAGCAACAACAACAACCGCAGCAGCAGGCGCAACCUCAACCAUCGACGAGCAGCAAGUUGCGUGGGGAGCGUGAGAAGAGCGAGGAUACGGAUUCCGCCUAUUACUCCAAGUUUGAUCCCGCACAGUGCAGCACAUUUGUGCAUCAGAUCUUUCGCUAUGCCAGCGAUGCGCUCAUCAUACGCUUUGUGCGCAUCUUUCUCCUGGAGAACAACGUGAGUCAAUUGCGCUGGCAGGCUCACUCCUUCAUGACGGGUCUCUUUGAGCAUGCCAACGAUAGGCAGCGUGAGAAAUUGUUGAGCAUCUUCUGGAAUCUGUGGCCUCUGGUGCCCAGCUAUGGACGUCGCACUGCCCAAUUUGUGGAUCUUCUAGGAUACUUGACGCUCAGCACGCGAACCAUUACGGAACGUCUGCCGGAGUUUGUGUCGCGUGCCGUGGAAGUGUUGCGUCAACAGAAUGAGCUCCUCUGCAAGCAUCCAAAUGCGCCGAUCUAUACCACCCUGGAGUCCAUAUUGCAGGUCAAUGGCUACUACCUGGAAUCGGAGCCGUGUUUGGUCUGCAACAAUCCGGAGGUGCCAAUGGCUAACAUAAAGCUUCCCUCGGUCAAGUCAGACUCGAAGUACACAACAACCACGAUGAUCUACAAGCUGGUGCAAUGUCAUACCAUAUCCAAGCUUAUUGUGAGAAUUGCAGAUCUCAAAAGAACCAAAAUGGUGCGCACCAUCAAUGUGUACUACAACAAUCGCAGUGUUCAGGCCGUCGUCGAGUUGAAGAAUCGGCCGGCAUUGUGGCACAAGGCGCGUUCCGUCUCCCUUCAAUCGGGACAGACUGAGCUCAAGAUUGAUUUUCCGCUGCCAAUCACAGCAUGUAAUCUUAUGAUUGAAUUUGCUGACUUUUAUGAGACAGUCAGCGGUUCCAGCGAGAAUUUGCAGUGUCCACGUUGUAGUGCAGCGGUGCCAGCGUAUCCUGGAGUUUGUGGCAAUUGUGGCGAGAAUGUGUUCCAAUGCCACAAGUGUCGUGCCAUCAACUAUGAUGAGAAGGAUCCUUUCCUCUGUCACGCUUGUGGCUUCUGCAAAUAUGCCAAAUUUGAUUUUAGCAUGUAUGCACGAGUUUGUUGCGCUGUCGAUCCCAUUGAAUCAGCUGAGGAUCGUGCCAAGACUGUACAAUUAAUACACAGUUCGUUGGAACGUGCUGAUCGCAUCUAUCGUCAACUAUUAACCAAUAAGCAAAUGUUGGAGCUGCUUAUCCAAAAGGUGGCUGAGCAUCGCAGCAGUGAUCGUUUGGUGGAGGACAACAUGGGCAGCGUGCACAGCACUUCGCAGGUUAACAAGAUCAUACAGCUGCUCGCCCAGAAAUAUUGCGUGGAAUCACGUACCAGCUUCGAGGAGCUCAGCAAGAUUGUCCAGAAGGUCAAGGCGUGCCGCAGUGAAUUGGUGGCCUACGAUCGUCAGCAGCAGGAUCAGCCGGCGGUGUCCAUGGCAUCUGGUGCCGAAGCAAAUCAUACGACAAAUCGCUGCUAUGGCUGUGCCUUGGCCUCCACCGAGCAGUGUCUGACGUUGUUGCGUGCCAUGGCCUAUAACUAUGACUGUCGGGUGGGUCUCUACAGUCAGGGGCUUGUUAGCGAGCUGGCCGAGCACAAUUUGCGACGUGGCACGCCACAAAUACAGGAGGAGGUGCGCAAUCUGUUAGUGGUGUUGACCAAAGACAAUGCCGAGGCAUGCAUGCAUCUGUUGCAGCUGGUGACGACGCGUGUGAAGAAUGCUCUCAUGGGGGCUAUACCUCUCAUUAGUCUAGAGGCGGCUGUGCAUCAGGAGAUGACGCUGUUGGAGGUGCUGCUUGGUCAGGAUGAUGUGUGCUGGGAGUACAAGCUGAAGGUGAUCUUUGAGCUGUUCAUCAGCAACUGUCGCUUACCACGUGGUCCCGUUACAUCCGUGUUGCAUCCUUGCCUGCGCAUUAUGCAGAAUCUUAUUUGUCCCGCGCUCCCCAACAGCGGCAGCAAGAACAACAACAACAACAACAACCAGCAGCAGCAACAACAACAACAACAGCAAGGACAACAAGCGCAACAACAACAGCAGGAAUUGUGCAGCAUUAAAUUGCUCGAGGGGAAUACUAUUGACUAUCGCGCCUGGCUGGGCUCUGAUCGGAAUCACGAGUACAGCGCUUGGAGCAGUCGCAUGCCCACCACAAAGUGUCCACAGCGUCAAGAAGGCGGCAGCAAACAACGCGUUGGAAAGCAACAGUCCCAAAUGGUGGAUACCUCCGCUAAGGGAGGGCGACGUGGCGAUGUUCGUGCUGCCUUUUUGUGCGAAAAGUAUGGACUACGCUGGCGUCAGCAUGUGCUGGACAAGGAGAAGGUGAUUAAACCUUUGGUGUUUAAUGCCAAGUGGAUACAACCGCUGCUCUUUAAUGCCAACUCGAGGUUUGGCAGACAGUUGGCUUGCUCCCUGCUCAAUGGCCUGUGCCGCACCACAGAGCGAAAGCAGCAGGCGCUAAAUAUGCUCACGGGAUUCCUCAAGCAUGUGGGCGAGGCGGGUGAGGCGAGUGCCGAGUAUUUAACAUUGUAUCGCACGGUGGCAACUGAAACACCUUGGCUGCAGUAUCUUGUGUUGCGUGGUGUACUCAGCGAGAUCUCACAACUGUUGGCCGUAGAAAUAAGUAAAAUCCAUCGCAUGGAGGAGCAUUCGCUGUCCUCGGAUUUGUCGCUGGGUUACGCAUUACGUCAGUAUGUGGAGUUGUUGUGGUUGUUCCUUGAAUGCCCCAACAUACGACGCACCUACAAGACGCGUCUGCUGGGACCUGUCCUAGAGAGUUAUCUGGCAUUGCGUAGUCUGGUCGUGCAGCGCACACGACUCAUUGAUGAUGCACAAGAGAAGCUGCUAGAGAUGCUGGAGGAAAUGACCAGCGGCACGGAGGAGGAGACGCGGGCCUUUAUGGAGAUCCUCAUCGAUACUGUGGAGAAGACAAAAAUGAAUGACAUUAAGACACCUGUGUUUAUAUUCGAACGCCUCUAUUCGAUCAUACAUCCGGAGGAGCACGACGAAAGCGAGUUCUAUAUGACACUGGAGAAGGAUCCGCAGCAGGAGGACUUUUUACAGGGUCGUAUGCUCGGCAAUCCCUAUCCCUCCAGCGAGGUGGGUCUUGGUCCUCUUAUGCGUGAUGUGAAGAACAAAAUCUGCACUGACUGCGAGCUGAUUGCCCUACUGGAAGAUGACAACGGCAUGGAGCUGCUGGUUAACAAUAAAAUCAUUAGCCUGGAUCUCCCUGUCAAGGAUGUGUACAAGAAGGUGUGGCUUGCCGAGGGCGGAGAUCGGGAUGCCAUGCGAAUUGUCUAUCGCAUGCGUGGUCUUCUUGGCGAUGCCACCGAAGAGUUUGUGGAGACACUGAACAACAAGAGCCAGGAGCAGGUGGACACCGAGCAGCUGUAUCGCAUGGCCAACGUUUUGGCCGAUUGCAAUGGACUGCGUGUCAUGCUGGAACGCAUUGGCAGCCUGCAGCGAAUCUCUCGUCAACGUGAAUUGAUUCAGGUGUUGCUGAAGCUAUUCCUCAUCUGUGUGAAGGUGCGUCGCUGCCAGGAGGUGCUCUGUCAGCCAGAAGUAGGUGCCAUUAAUACGCUGCUGAAGGUACUACAGAUGUGCCUGCAAUCGGAGAACGAUUCCAUACAAUCGGCAGUCACCGAACAGCUGCUGGAGAUUAUGGAAACAAUACUCUCCAAGGCGGCCAGCGAUACUCUGGAUUCGUUCCUGCAAUUCUCGCUUACUUUCGGUGGUCCCGAAUAUGUCAGCGCUCUGAUCUCCUGCACCGACUGCCCCAAUGUGCGCAACAACCCAUCCGUGUUGCGUCAUCUCAUCCGCGUCUUGGCUGCCCUUGUCUACGGCAACGAAGUUAAGAUGGCUCUGCUUUGUGAACACUUUAAGCACACACUUGACUUUAAUCGCUUUGACAAUGAGCGGACCACCGAGGAGGAAUUCAAGCUGGAACUAUUCUGUGUGCUCACAAAUCAAAUAGAGCAUAAUUGCAUUGGAGGCACGCUUAAGGAUUACAUUGUCAGUCUUGGAAUUGUGGAGAGUGCUUUGGCCUAUAUCACGGAGCAUGCUCCCUGUGUUAAACCAACUCUGCUGCGCACGGACUCCGAUGAGUUGAAGGAGUUUAUAUCGCGACCGAGCUUAAAGUACAUAUUGCGCUUCCUCACGGGCUUGGCCAAUCAUCAUGAAGCCACGCAGUUGGCCAUAAGCAAAGACAUUAUACCCAUUAUACAUAGACUGGAGCAGGUGUCCAGCGAUGAACAUGUCGGCAGUUUGGCUGAGAAUUUGCUGGAGGCGCUUAGUACGGAUGCGGCGACUGCCUCAAGGGUUCAACAGGUGCGGGAUUUCACACGUGCCGAGAAGAAACGUCUGGCGAUGGCGACCCGUGAGAAGCAACUGGAUGCACUGGGCAUGCGCACCAAUGAGAAGGGUCAGGUGACGGCAAAGGGAUCCAUUCUGCAAAAGAUUGAGAAGCUACGCGACGAGACGGGCCUGACUUGUUUCAUUUGUCGCGAGGGUUACUCCUGCCAGCCGGAAAAGGUGCUGGGCAUCUACACGUUCACCAAGCGCUGCAAUGUCGAAGAAUUUGAGCUGAAAUCACGCAAAACCAUAGGCUACACCACUGUUACUCACUUCAAUGUGGUACAUGUGGAUUGUCACACCUCCGCCAUACGCUUAACACGCGGACGUGAUGAAUGGGAACGUGCCAGCCUGCAAAAUGCCAACACACGCUGCAAUGGACUAUUGCCCCUGUGGGGACCCGCUGUGGGUGAGGCUGCCUUCUCUGGUUGCAUGACCCGGCACAGCAGUUACAUGCAGGAGAGCACCCAACGUUGCGACAUCUCCUACACAAGCAGCGUGCACGAUCUGAAGCUGCUGCUGGUGCGUUUCGCCUGGGAGCGUAGUUUCCAUGACGAUGCCGGCGGCGGUGGUCCUCAAUCUAAUAUGCACUUUGUGCCCUACCUGCUCUUCUAUGCGGUCUACUUGCUGCUCUCCUCCCGCUCCGCCGCCCGGGACAGCAAAACUCUGCUCAAUUAUCUGACUGCAGCGCCAUCGGAUAAAUGGCUAGAGUGUGGCUAUGAAGUGGAUGGACCUUUGUACAUGCUAACCAUAUCGCUAUCCCUGCACAGUCGAGAGAUGUGGAACAAGCACAAGUUGGCGCAUCUAAAGCGUCUGGUGACUGUGGCACAAGCACGUCAUGUUUCCCCCUCUGUGCUGUGCAAGGCGCUGUUAUCUCCGGCAGAUCGGCAGGCCAAAGAGUACUCGGUUUACAAGCCGUUCUUAAUGAUGUGGGCACUCAUUGACUUGAUAUACAACACACUCUUUAAGACGGUCAGUACGCCUAAGGAGGAGGAUUGGCCCGCUUCGCUAUUUGAAUUUAUACGCAAGAAUGAUGAGGCGAUGCUCAAGUCCACGGAUAGCAUACUGCAAACGUUGACGGAUGAGUUUUUGCCCUGCACCUCCUUUGCCGAGUUCUGCGAUGUGGCAGGUUUACUGAAUCUGAUUGAGCAACCGGAUACCUUCAUUGAGGAGGUUCUUGCCGCGCUGCCGACCACAACAAGCUCUAGUUAAAUUCAACACGAAAAUUUCAGCACAUUUAACAAUGGAUUACAACUUAAACUAAUCACUAAUCAAGCGUGUUGCAACUGCAGCUGUGUUUCGCUUUUAAGCAUAAUAUGCAUAUAUACUUAUAUAUUUAUCACCUACAAACUAUUUAAUCAAUAAAAUUAUUCGUUUGCACAAUGAAAACGAUCAAUGCGUA